CUCUCCGGUCGGCGGGAGAAGCGGAGUCCCCGCCCCGGCUCCCUGCUCGCCAUGGCGGCCCAGCUGCUGCUGAUGGUCCCGGCCCUGGGCAGCUUCCUCUUCACCUUCGGCACCGGCGUGGAGCUGAUCCGCUUCGCCUCGCUGCGCGCCGUGCUGCCCGGCGGGGGGCGGCCGGAGGCCACCCCCAGCGUGGAGUGGGGGGCCGCCCUGCGGGACCCCCGGGUGCUGCGGCCCCUGGCCGUGGACCUGGGCCUGGUGGCGCUCUUUGUGCUGCAGCACAGCCUCAUGGCCACCGCGCCGGUCAAGCGCUGGACCACCAGCUGCUUUGGGGUGCUGCAGAGAUCCUUCUACGUCUUCUGCACCGCCCUGGCCCUCCAGCUACUGAUGCGGUACUGGCAACCUGUCCGGCACGGCCCCCUGCUCUGGAACGCCUGCACGGAGCCCUGGGACACCUGGGUCCCACUCAUCUGCUUCAUCCUGCACUUCAUCGCCUGGCUGGUUAUCUUCAGCGUCAUCCUCAUCUUCGACUAUGCUGAGCUCAUGGGAGUCAAACAGGUUUAUUACCACUGUCUGGGCAUGGGGGACCCGCUGGCGCUGAAGUCCGUGCGGGCUGUGCGGCUCUAUUCUCACCUUCGCCACCCCGUCUACCUGGAGUUCCUGCUGGUGCUGUGGGCCGUGCCCUGCCUAUCUCUGGAUCGCCUCCUGCUGGCUGGCCUCUUCACCACCUACCUGAGCUGCGGGCACAGCCUGGACCAGCAGGACUACCUCUACCUGCGUGCCCAGCUCGACAAGAAGUUCCUGGUCUUCUCCCGUGAGGAGGCGGCCUACGGGGACCUGCUGGCCCGCAAUGGCCCCGCGCCUGGCAAGGAGAGCUGAGGGGCCUGGGUCUCUGCCAUGCACUGAUGCCCUUAGGUCAAAAACCCUGCACUAGUUACCGUAGGAUUAUCACUUCUGAGUGCCUAGCAUCUGCAGCAGCUUGCAAAACCAACCCUGUCCCUGCUCUAACCACUAGGCUCCACGCCCUCCCAGACAGGGGGAGUAGAGCCCAGGAGUCCUGGCUCCCAGCUCCCCCUGCUCUAACCAUUAGAUCCCAGUCUCCUCUCAUAGGGUUUUAAGUUCUAUUCCCAGCUCUGGGAAGGGGGUGGGGUCUAGUGAUUAGAGCAGGGUGGGAGCUGAGAGUCAGGCCCCCUGGGUUCUAUCCCCAGCUGUGGGAGGGGACGGGAGUCUAGUGGUCAGAGGGUUGGGUUGCGGCUUGGAGUCAGGACCCCUGGGUUUUACCCGGCUGCUUUACUCAGUGUGUUUUGUUUCCAUCCUCAGUUGUGACUGCAAAAAGAUUCUCUGAAAAUGUUUUUUUUAAAACAAAAUGAUGAUAAAUCUGUGCUUAAGUUAGUAACACACUGAGGCGGAUGCCUUAUUGGGGACCGGCCUGUUCAGGGGUGCGGUAAAUGGGACAUGGGGCUUUUCCCCUCUAGGGGGCGCCAUCUCCGAUCCAGCCCCAGAGCAGGGAAACUGGCUGGCUCAGGGGAUUGAGUCACGGGAUACGGGGGCUUUUCCCCCCUUGGGGUGCCAGUUCCGGUUCCAUUCGCUGGUAACCAAAAGCCAUUCCCACCUACCAGCCAUUCUGCGCCCUAUGAAUCAAACUGACAGGGAUCCCGGCCCCAACCAUCUACUUCAGGCACCUCUCCGCCCCCUUGCUGGCGGCCUCAGCAGUUAUCAGAGGGCUGAAUUGAGACACAUUAGUGAUGGGGGCUGAGGGGGCAGCUUGUUCUGUCCCCAGAACCCCAGUCUUUGGGUCUCAGCGGGGGGAAAUUUUAACUGGACUUAGAGCUGGAUCCAAAGCCCAUGGGAGUCAAUGGGAAGAUCUCGCUGGGCUUUGGAUCAGUCCUGAGACACUCAGUCUCCACGUCUUGUGUUUUUAUGGUUUCCCUGUUCUGAUGCAGGAGGCUGGGACCCCUCUGGGCUGGGCAUGAAACUGGGAGUCAGGACUCCUGGGUUCUAUUCCUGGCUCUGGGAGGGGACCCCAGCCUUACACCAAUGCCUUAACCAGGAACCUUUAUUUUUAAGCGCUGGUUUUGUUUUUUUAAUGUGGUGUUCUUAACCCGAAGCUGAUAAAGUAUUUUUGUAUCUUGGAUUUUUGUGCAAUCUGAGAAAACAAUAUUUUUAAAAAAAUAAAAAAAGUCGCUGCUUCUUUUA